CUUUAGGAGGCUGUUGUCAGUCCGACCGCCAUCAGCUCCGGACCAGACCACCACCACCACCUCUGACCUGACCGCCGCCUGAACAGAGGAAGAAGGUUCCAGUCUCACCAGCAAGAGAAGGGACGGAUCUCUGGUCGCCAUGGAGUCGGCCAGUGACAGCGGGGAGCGCGGGGACCAGGCGGUUCCUGAUGGACACGAGGAAGAGGAGGAAGAGGAGGAGAGGAGCGUCAGAGGAGUCCAGUCUCAUUACCUCCGCUGCCCCUCCCCCAGUUUCUCCAUGAUGUCCGAGUCCCGGUUCUCCACGAUCUCGGGCUCCGACGCCGCGAGCAUCUUCAUGGAGCCCAUCCACCUGUCGUCCGCCAUCGCUGCCAAGAAGAUCAUCAACGAGGAGCUGCCGCCUCGAAGCGUUCGCACCGAGUCCGUCCCGGAGUCCAUGCUGGAGACUGCCGAGCAGCUGAUGGUGGAGGACCUGUACAACCGGGUCAGGGACAUGAUCGACGACCGCAGCCCCUACAACACCCCCUGUGUGCUGGACAUCCAGAGGGCCAUGGUGCAGGACCGCCUGGAGGCUCCCACCAACCCGGUGGAUGAGGUGUGGCCCAACAUCUUCAUCGGCGAGAAAUCUGUUGCCGUCAACAAAGCUCGCCUGAAGCGAAUGGGCAUCACCCACAUCCUGAACACCGCCCACGGCACCGGGGUCUACACCGGCGAGUCCUUCUACGCCGGCAUGAACAUCCAGUACAUGGGCAUCGAGGUGGACGACUUCCCCGACUCCGACAUCUCCGCGCACUUCCGACCCACCGCCGAGUUCCUGGACGAGGCUCUGCUGACGCACAAAGGAAAGGUUCUGGUGAUUUCCAUGAUGGGCGUCAGUCGCUCUGCUGUCCUGGUGGCGUCCUACCUGAUGAUUUUCCAACACAUGUCCGUCAUGGAGGCCCUGACGUCCAUGAGGAAAAAACGUGCAAUCAACCCCAACGAAGGCUUCCUGAAGCAGCUGCGAGAGUUCAACGAGAACCUGAUGGAGGAGCGUGACGACGACGACGACACGCUCAGCCAGUGCUCCGUGAUCGACGCCCGCGCCCGCGCUCGCAUCUUCAACGAAGGUGGAGACGAUGAAGACGAUACCGAUGAAGAAGACGAGCAGAGUAUGAUCAAUGUGAAAGCUCACUCGAUCAUGAUGGAGGAGGAGGAGGAUGGAGAAAGUGUGAUGAGCAGCGUCGCCUCCUCCUCCGCAGCUGCAGCGCUCAGAAGCGGACUGAUCGGAGCGCAGAAUGGAGCGCACAGCCAGGGAUCGACCACUGUUCCAGAGGAGACGGUCCUACCCGAGCAGGAUCCUCAGGGAGACGACGACGAUGGUAUUGACAGUAUGAUCCGCGAAUGGCAGCGGAGAAAUGAGAAAUAUCAAAAUGACGAUUGGUGGGAGGCACAGCUGAACAGCGACGGUGAAGAUGGAGAAUCUCUUGCAGGAGGCCGACCAAAGAGGACGAAGGAAGGCGCCGGCGCCGACGCCGACGUGGAGAGCGUCACCAGCCAGGACGUGCAAGCUGUGAAAGAGCGGUUAAAGCGUCGCAGCAGACGGCCACCUUCAGACGCAAUGUCCACCUCUAGCUGCACAAGUUACUCUGAGCUCUGGAAACAGCGGCUGAGAGAAAUCGAGGAACAAGCCGCCGCCCGUUACCGCAAGAAGGAGGAUGACGAAGGCAGCGAGAGCACCGCUACGGAAGAAGGGGAAGGAGGAAAGAAGAAGAUUGAUGACGAAGUGCAGAGUAUCCUGUCUGACACCAGCUCCAUGUACAACUUUUGCCAGAACAACAAGGAGAAGUUGACGCCUUUGGAGCGUUGGCGCAUCAAGAGGAUCCAGUUUGGCUGGAACAAGAAAGAUCAUGAGGACGGAGAGAAGAGUUCUGUAGGAGACGGAGAAAAAGGCGAGUGCGAAGCGAGGACACCAUCCUUCCAAGAUGUCAACCUGACGGCAUAUCAGUCGUGGAAGAUGAGGCAGCAGAAGCGUCUUGGCGAGGAGAACACAGAUGAGAUUUUGGAGAUGAGUCGAGGUGAGGACUCUGCCACGGUCAAAAGGAGGCAAAGACGGGAGGAGCUUCUGGAGCGGUCAAAGAAGACCUUGGAGGAGAGUCAGUCCAUGUGUGGCUGGGAGACUGAGAGCAGCAUCAGCGCAGGUACAAUACCACUUUCUGCCUUCUGGGCUGGAGCCGGGGUCACGGGGCCGCCGAGCGUCGCCAACGAUGACAACAUGUCCAUGCUCAGCGGCAGGUCAUCAGUCAUAUCUUCAGUUUCACAAGCUCGCAGCACAAGAUCGGCACAGUCCGCAGUUCCUGUUAAUCCCAUGUCCCCAGUUCCUCCCAUCCUCCCAGUUCCCACUGUGCAGGGUCCAGGAGGGGAACCAAUGGUCAAUCUGGCCAGCAUCCAAAACUGGAUCGCUAACGUCGUCUCUGAAACGAUCAAACAGAAGCAGAGCGAGAUGAGCCUGCCACCUCCAUCACGCGCAGGAUCGGAGCUUAGCUUCGGUGGUGCAACGAGUGUGAUAUCUGGCCGGGGAGUUGACGAAGACAAAGCCUCCUUGUUGAGCGGAGCUCCCUAUUCCAGCGCUCUGUCCCAGGGUCGUGCGAAGGCAGCGUCGGUCCUCUCAGGUGGCGGGUCGAGCAACAUCUCAUGUUUCACGGGAAGAGGUUCGGCGUUGGACUCCACCCUGGGCUCCACCUUGAGCUCAAAGAAGAACAAGAUCACCACCACCAGCGUCCCUCUCUUCAGCCUCUUCCAAGACCAGGUCAACCUGGGCAAAUUGGACGCCAUGGACAAGGAGAUCAAGUCUGAGAUGAGGGACAAAAUGUCUACCUACGAAAAGAAGAAGAUCCUGGAGGACAACAGACGCAGCACUAUGUACAAGAAAAAGAAACCAAAGGAGGACGAAGAUGAGGUGGAGGAGAGGAAGAAGAGAGAGGAGGAGUUUCUUGAAGAGACAAAGAAAAAGGAGAAACCUGCGAGGACUUAUGGUCUUUCUGGCUGCCUGAAUCUCAACCCAGUGCUGGAGAGAGAUAAGAACACCAACAUCGACGAUUGGCUUAAAAGCGUCAGGCCUCCUCCUGGGAAAACAGCCUCCAGAGCAGAAGCCGGACCGUCAGAGGAUCCGUACGACGAUCUCGAUGCCUCCGCUUCUGAAUUUGACUUCUCCAGCCGCAGGGCGUCCUAUGCUGUUGGCGAGGAAGACGAGGAAACCUACGGCUCCGGAUACAGAUCGAGGUUACGUGCAGAUCUGUCCAGUGAAGACGCAGAAUAUUCCUGCAACGGUUUCACGCAAUCCCACAGCUACAGCCGCGCAGGGAGGUCGUACGGGACUUACGACGAGCGCGACGAGGGGACGGACGAGAGCACCACCAAGAGAAAGUUCGGUCACCAUUCUCGAUAUGAAAGCAGCGAGACAGAAGUGAGGAGCAGUAGGAGGGGGCCGGCCGACGACGAUGGCGAUGAGGAGGAUGACAUUGCUACCUUCAUCGCCCAAACCAGGCAGAGGAUCAGAGCUCGGGCUGCUGCAGAGGCCGAGGACGACGAGGUGCUUGCUGCUUGGAGGGCGCAGCAAGAAGCAAAGUCACAGAGUCGGAGUGAAUCCUAGAAAAUACUACUGAUACCAGGAGGUUUCACAAAUGUAGAGUGUAGAGUGCAAAUGACAUGUUUCUGCUAGUUCAAAGACAGAAGGGUUUAAAAGUGUAAUAUUAUCCAAAGACUCGCCGAACAAAAUAGUUGUGAGGUGGAUGAGGGAAUACAUCCUUAGGGAAAAUAAGCACCUUGGCCUUUUAAUCAUGCAUAAAAAUAUGACAAGAAUGCACAUUUGGAGCCUGUAUUAUUAAUAAUGACUAUGAAUACAAAUAGUUAAAGUUUUGGUUUGCACGGUUAUUGAUUGUAGCUGAUCAUAAAACAUCAUCAUGAUCAUGAUGAUGUGAAACUCUACAAAUCAAAACCUAUUUGUACUGUUACAUUAUUUUAUUAUUGCAAUAAAUGUUCUGAUAACUGA